AUGGACUCCUGCUGGUGGAACAACACUGAUGCAGGCACGAAAAACCGCAUCAUCCGAGUGUUCAAACAAGCUUGUACUAAGCUUCAUGCACGCGGUCUUGCACCGAAGACAUGGGCUCGGGAUAUUGAUCCGGCUGCUGCCGAGUUUGUAUACUACGAGCUCGAGAAGGCCUUCUUUGAUUUGCGUCUAUGCGCCGACCAUUGGAAGGCGCGGAAGGUUUGCACGACAUACUUCCCGACAUGGAAGAAACCCGAAGAUCGAUCCAGUAAGAAGCGCAAGGUCGCUCAUGACUCUGAUGCCGAUGACGAUGAAGGGAAUGAUGAUACAGCAGCCUCGAACACUGCCCAGACCCCGCCGAAUUCGCAUACAUCCACCCCUCAGCCACGCCCGCAGUCUCCCACCGAUACCACCGACGUACCUCCGCGCUCGCACACACCACCCAAUUCGCACACUUCCUCUGGUCGCGACGAUGAUGCAAUGGAUGUGGAUGCGCCGCUCCGCGAGGCGAGAACCCGCGUGGCGGGAUCAUCAGCUCCGCGCUCGCACACACCGCCCGAUUCGCACCCAUCAUCCAUCCACGACGACAAUGCCACGAAUGUGGAUGUGCCAGCCCGCGAGGUGACAGCCCGUGUGGCGGGUUCACUAGCUCCGGAUGCGGAUUCGAACAUGCAGCCUGGCACGGCCACUCAGCCGACACAGGAUCUGCGUCGCAAUGGGGAGGAUGAGGACGAGGAGGAAGAACCAAGCCUUCUCGAUUCUGUUCGCCCCGAUCUUCGCCAUGAUCUUGCACCAGCUGCGGCAUCGCCAGGGCAGGACCCUGCCGCGGUAACGAAUGGCGAUGAUGCAGUGCGCGAGGCACAGCCACUCCCGGAUGCGGACGUAUACAUCCCGCCUUUCACGGGGCCACACGUCAAUCAUGCGAAGACAUUGCACGGUCGGGUGUGGAAGGAAAAGAAUCCGAUGGCCAGCAAGAAGGCAUACGAUAAGUACUGGGCAAAGAUGACACGGGAAGAAAAACAGCCUUGGAUCGACCAACAAAACGCGCUGCGCAAAGCGAAGAACUAG